UGGAGGCAAGAAAGGAAGCUAGUGUCUACACACAUUUGAGAACAUUGAAGCAAUACAAUCAGGCUCAUUGUUCCUGCUUCCUGCAAUUUCCUAUCGCUGGUUCCACAAUGUCUCAUACCAAGACUAUUGUUCUUGGCAUUGUUGUGCUUGCUGCACUUGUUCUUGCAUCUGAGGGGCGAAUUUCCCGUAAAGACUUAAGCAUCGAUCUUGGUGGCGGGGGUGGUAUUGGAAUUGGUACGGGAAUUAGUAUUGGCAUAGGUGGUGGUGCAGGUGGCUCUGGCUCUGGCGCAACAUCUGGGUCAGGUUCUUUCUCUAACUCUGGCUCAGGUUCAGGCUCGGGCUCUGCUUCUGGGUCUGGCUCAUGGUCAAGUGCUAGUUCAAGCGCAGGGUCAUCAGUUGGAUCUAGCGCUGGUUCUGGAGCAGGUUCAUAUGCUAACUCUGGUGGAGAUUCAGGAUCCAGUUACAACCAAGAUCAAGGCACCAGUGAAGGCCAAGGCCAAGAUCAAGGUUCAUGCCAUGGACAAGGAACAUGUUCGGGAUAUGGUGAGGGACAUGGUGAAGGAAAUGGCUACAGCUCAGGAUAUGGUGAGGGGCAUGGCGAAGGCUAUGGUCAAGGGAACGGCUCUGGCUCAGGAUAUGGUGAGGGGCAUGGUUAUGGUCGAGGAACAGGGUCGGGUUACAGCGAAGGCCAUGGCUCAAGACAUGGCCAAGGAUCAGGAUCAGGCUAUGGUGAAGGUUCAGGAAGUGGAUAUGGAAAUGGCUCGGGCUCAGGCUAUGGUGAAGGUCAUGGUUAUGGUUAUGGGCAUGGGAAAUAAGAUAAUUAAUUGUUGAAUUUGCCUCUAUGCCAUUGUUUAUGAAUUUAUGCUUGUUCAUGGAAAUCCGAUAUGUAUAAUAUAUAAAUAAACAAUAAACUUCCAUGGUGAAAGAUGAACAAACUUUCAUGCCCCCAAGGAUGAAUUCCAAUAUUUCUCUUUCUUAUAUGACUGGCAAGGUAUAUAGCAGUGCAGAAAAUAAAAGGAAAAAUAUCAAGUGACGGUAGCAAACAACGAUGCUUUGUUUUUCGCGUCAGACUUAAG